GCCUAUGUAACCCAUAUACCGAUCAACAAGGUGCGUCUGGUCUGUGCUGGAGACCUGAUGCUGGAGUUGAGAAGAUGUCUCCGCAGGCUGCGUGGCGUUGAUGCUGUGCUGCAGAGGCUGCAGCGGGAGGACGAAGCGCCCGGUGUCAUCUGUUGAUCGGAUUGGAGACAAUUAAGCGCAUUAUCAUGAGCCGCCGCGGUCCCACUUACAGGUGAAAUUCGAGGAGACUGAAAUGAUUCCAAAGUCAGGAAAAUCUCCGGCAGACUCGAGGAAAAGUGUUGGCAUACAGGAGUUUGCAGCACUUGCCAGAUCAUCUUUAAAUGGUAUCUCUCAGGCAGUCAGGGAUCAUGUCACAAAGCCCACCUCCCUGGCUCAGGGUCGUGUCGCCCACCUGAUUGAGUGGAAAGGUUGGCCCAAACCCACAAACCCACCUCCAGCAGCCCACUCCCACUUCAGCUCCUACAGCCACCUGAGUGAGGGAGAGAAGGAGGCCCGCUUUGCUGCAGGAGUGGCUGAGCAGUUUGCCAUUGCCGAGGCGAAGCUACGCGCCUGGGCGUCUAUGGAUGAUGAUGAAGAGGAUGACUCCAACGAUGAGGAUUCCCACACCAACGGACCAGCUCACACCAUCUCCAGUCAGAGCUCAGACGCCGCCAUGUCCAAUCCUAUCUCCGGGCCGCCCUGCCAGUCUGAAGUUGAUGGCGGAGAGGCGGCCCCGCCCUGCGAUAGCCCCCUGGGCCCCAGCUGUGACAGCCUGCUCUGCGACGAGGCUGUUUCUCACAAUGACCCACAUUCAUCGCAGACCAACUCACCUACUUUACCCAGCGACUGCACAAGCCCCUUCCUGGAGGAGGAGGAAGAGGAAGAGGAAGGGAGGCUGGGUGGUCCUGAGGGGCAGCAGGCUCCUUUACAGGAGCACCGCAGCGAGGUCUGCAUCCACAGCAAGCCAGAGUGGAGGCCACGAGCGAGGAGCAGCCGGUUCGACUCCUGCUAUUCCACUUCGCACUCCGAGUCUCCUGGAGAGGAGGACGAAGAGGAUGAUGAAGAGGAAGGCAGCGUGUUUCAUGAGGUCCGGGUGUGGCAUUGCAGCCCGAGGAGCUUCUUCUCGGAUAGGGCUUCAUCUGGAGUGGCGUCAUUUGAGGAAGAGGAGGAGAGGGAUGAAGACGAGGUGAAGAAAGAGUUUUUGAUGUGAUGUGUUUGUCCAACUUUAUGUCUCUUUGGGUCUGUGUUGAUUCUGGAUAUGACAUCAUCUAUUCAGCUCUCACCAUAAUCCUGUCUCCACCUCCUCCUCUGAUCAUCUAUUCUCCACGCUGCCUUCUGUCUCUCAUCCUCCCUCCAGGCCUUUCAUGCACUGAUCUCGCUCCACUGUUAAUCGCUGCUGUAAACAUUAAAUAUGUUGGAGAGUUUCACCAGAAUGUAAAGCUGUUGUUCAAACUAGAUUUUGUACAUUUUAGUGAAGAGUCAUGUGUUGCUAUUGUGUUUGUUUUUCUAUGGAUAUUUCGUAAUGUUUUUCUCUGGGUCAUGCUGUGUCAUGUGGGUCGGGCAAUGUUUGAUACUGAAUGUCUGAAU